GUCCGUCAAGUCCGGCCAGUCCUGGAGGUAGUCCCCGCUCACUGCCGGAAUGAUGGACCACAGGCUACAGUCCGUCCCGUCAUACCCCAAAAAUUGCUCUACAAGGUCUCCACGACCUUACUGGUCAGGUCGCCCGUGUCAUCAGCGUUCCCGCAUUCGAUCGAGGGGCUCAAAUAAUGGCAGUGUGGCAGCAGAUCCAGCAAGAAGUUGCUACCGUGGGGUAAGAUACCGCUGGAGUCCAGCAGCAGAUACAGGGGCUAAGAGACCACAUUUCCCGCCUGUAAGUCUAUAAUGCGCUUUAUUUUUAUUAUAAGUUUACUGACUGUGCGAUUGGUCUCAGCGAUAAAAAUGGCACUAUCCGAAUGAUCAACAAUAACGCUGGCUACAAUGAAGCAUGCCUAGAACCGCUCUAUGGUGCAAAUGGACAAUUGGUUCCUAAAUUUCCAGCGGCUCUAGCAAGUUGCAUGACCCUCAAUGGUGAGUAUAUAAGCUCGCUGGGAGAGAGAUUUGGUCUAAACUAAGUGAUAUGGCUCCCCCGGUUGGCACCCUCUUUUCGGCUCGUGGUUCGGGGGUGGGCAGGGACGCACCAGCUCGUAAG